GGAAAAUUGAUCUUCCGAGAAUCGUUAAAGGAUAAAUUUUCUGAGAACACAAAUAAUUGCUUCACUUAGAUGAGUCACCUUUGACGCUUAAUGUAAAAAUCCACGAAGCUCAUUGGAGAUUAACGCUCGAGCAAUCGGGCAACCUCGCUCUUGGCUCUCCUCGUCGCGAUUGGUCAGCUUUCAAUUCGAAAUGUCAUCCAAUACAGGCCUGAGGAUCCAAGAGUCCCGGAAUCGUCGUGUCGACGCAUUGAAAAGGAACAUUGCGGCCGGCCAUCUUGGUUCAUUCCGCACGGUCGUCGACAUAGUCGGGCAGUGGCCGUCGGCGGAUCGCGAUGCGGCAGGACGAAUUGCGAAGCGUCGAUCGAUAGGCGGUGCGGAUCGAGAUCAGCGAGAUCGCCAAUUCGCCGACGAUGGUGAGGGCGAUCGUGCAUUAACAACAGCACAGGUGUGACGAACUUGGUCAUCGCGUCGCGCGGCCGUCACACCGUGAGAACGCGACGCGAAUCGUAAACUGCCGAAGCCGCGCCGAACGUCACCGAGCACGGCCGAACGGUGCCGAGCGUGUCCGAGCGCGGCGAAAGUCUGCGGCUCGCCCGACCGAGGGAUGCUUGCGCGCACAUGGUGACAUCGUCUUCCGGGUCAGUCCGAAAGUAAUUCUGAUGUGAAAGGAAGUGCGCCGCGGCGGACGAGCUCGUACUUGUCAGACGACACCGAUUAGCUUGGCUUUCUCGUGAAAGCCCCGGCGAGUUCGUUAAAACGGCGCUUCCGUGGGUAGCUCAUGGGGUGUAAUGGCGAUUGGGAAGGUGUUUUGUUUAAUGAUGCUGUGGGACUGAUUGCUGCAAUGAAGUGCGUUAAAUGUAUACAAAUGACAAUGGGCUGAAACGUCUGAAUAAUCAGCAUCUAUACAUAACUGUCACAUACUUUUUUUCAGUCACAGCUCUUGCUAGACAUGGCAACGGUAGAAGAGAAGAAACGAGUGGGUGGCUCCAAGGUGUCAGCGAUAGCGAACAUUUUCCAGUCCAAGCCGCAACUUGAUCUGAGCCACAGAACGAAUAAUAUCCUAUCGGACGGUUUUAAGGAACCUACUGUUCCGCUGAAGGAGUCUCCGACGCAGGUGACGGUAGUCAGGACGGAAAGCCAUGUGGCGCGCUUCAACAAUGCGCGUGCUCUCUUCGAGAAGCUUGGCGAAGAGAACAAGCCGAACCGACCCGUGGAACGAGUCACGAAGCCGAACAACUUGCACGGUCUCCGAUCUCGCUCUAGCUCGGCGAACUCGGGUUCCGGCUGCACCUCUCCCGCGAGAUCACCACGUCCGCGCUCGCCGUCCCCGCCGGGCAGUCGCGAGCACCUCAGUACGUGGAGCGCCAGCGUGCCGGCCCUGAACGCGGAACGGCACUUCGAGAACGGCCACUGCAACAUGCCGGACCAGCGACGUGCCGCGGUGCAGGCUGGCUUAGUGGGCGGCGGCAAGGUCGAGCGAAUGUUGGGCAAGGAGAACGACCGUCCGGAACGACCGGAGAAACCGGAGCGCCGGCCGAAUUCGAAGGAGCUAAUCGAGAAGCAGCGCAACUGGACCAGCCACUUCUCCAAGACCAGACCGAGCCGCUACAACUCCGACCCGAAUCGCUCGCUGGUGCAGACGUCUCUCAACUCGCAGAACGCGAGCCCACAGCAUCAGUCGUCCGUCGACGCAUUGUGCCAAGGCUCGACCAGCGCGGUCAAUGACACCGUCAGCCCGGCCAGGUCGGCGAGUUUCUGCUCCGCCCGGUCUCCCCCGCCGCCUCUGCCACCUGUCAGGAAUUCGUCGGCGGCUGGCAGGAGAGAGCGACCGGCCAGCAUCGCCGCCCUCAGCCCGUCGGACCUACCGGAGAGCCCUGAGUACGCGACGAUCGAGAAGUUUGACGACGUCUCGCCGACGAUCCCGGAAUACGCCGUCGUGCAGAAGCCGAAGAAGCCGCAGGAGGAUCCGAAGGAGUGCCAAGACGACGGCUCCGACAAGAUUCAGGACGCCGGUAUGCCGGAGUACGCUGUGGUGCAGAAGGGCACUUCCAAGUCGAGCCCGAAAGACGCUUCCAAGACCACCGCCACGCAGAACUUGAAGAACUCGAUAGCGGCGGAAGUGCUGGCCUCAAGGUCGUCCGAGAGCCCGAAGGAUGCUCCGAAGGUGUCCCCAACGACUGCGGAAGCAACCCCGACGUGCAAGAAUGCGAAGGCAGCGGAUAUUCCCAAGGAGAAGGCAACCGUGGAGGAAACGACCAAGACCACAGUCCCCAGGUCGACGGAGGCAAAGGAAGUCGUGGACUGCUCGAAGGAGAUCUCGAGGAGUCCAGUGGCCACGACGGAGGUUGUCGCAGGGACCAAAAUUACGGUCACGAAGGAAUACAACGACCUCCCGGAACAGACGAAAACGUCGUUGGUGCUCCAAUGCGAGCUUUCUAGUCCGAUUCGUAGCAGCACUUCGGUGGACAGUGCUCAGCUGACGAGGCGGGAGAGCGACCUGUUGGAAGCACCGGAGUACCUGAACUGCCCUCCGAGUCCGAUUCACUCGCCGGCGAAAACGUCUGAGUGGCGGAACGAGUGGCUGGCGAAGAACGACGAGAUCCUGAAGAGGGCAGUGGACAUGAGGGACCUGAAGUCCUCAUCGAGGGAGGCGCUGGAAGCGGAAAUGGCGCGCGGCGAGGUAGUAACGAGACCGGAUCCCAGACCGGACUGGGCCAGGCCUAGCGCGAAUGCGAAGAGGAAAGAGACGACGAGCGACGACAAGAGGACUGAGCUGACACGCUCACCAGAAUCCGAACUAGGCUUGCCCUCCUCCGCAGGCACCGACAGCGCCUCGUCCAGCAUGAGCUCGCCUAGUUCGCCCUCCAAAGAUAGCAAGGAGGAGAAGGCGGAGAAGGAGAUGUCGGAGAAGCAUCAGACAGGUCGCAACAGCUAUGAUUUGGAGACGGAGGAUCAAGAGAAGCCAGCUACGUACCAGAGCUGCACGUCCGAGAUGGAGAGUCUCUCGGAGAAGGAUCAGUUCAAGUUCAACGAGUCGGAUACAACCACGGUCAUUCGGCGUUCUCAUGUGCGCCUCGAUCUUCAGGCUGCCGGUCUGGGCCCACGUCCGCCCUCCGUCAUCAGUUCCGACCAGGAAUACCCUCCACUGGAGCACAAGGACAUCCCCGUGCCGUCGCCGUAUGCGAAAAGAGCGCAGAGUGAAGAAGCUGUCCCGUCGAACAAUGCCGAAUGCAAUGCUCAGAUAAAAUUGCCGAGCACGGAGCCGGCAAAGAAUCACAGCAGCAACCCUGUGGUGGAGACGAUAAACUCCGUACCUACGGAGGCGGUGUCGGAAGCGAAACCCACCGGCGACGGGGUGUGCCAGAAGACGGUGUCGAAUGCGAAGAACGACCAGAUCAAGAUCAGCGUUAGGGAGAAGAUCGCGAAGAACCGGGAGGAGGUGUCCGGCAAGCGUUCCAGCUUUGCCGAGGCGGAGAGCAAGAUGGACGAGAGGACGAGUCACGGCGUGACGAAACGUGACGACCAAGAGGCGGCGGCUGGUUUAGGGCUCAUCGCGAAGGAGAACACGGACGAGGAGAAGUACGCGACGGAGGUGUCCAAGUCUGAGGUCAGCGGCAGCAGGAAGGAGUGCAUUGCCGCGGUGAACAGUGUGCUAAUGAGCAAGAAAGCAGCAGUAGCUCCUCAGGAACACGUCGAGCAGACCACGUGGGAGCAGGAGAAGCAGAAGGCCGAACUAGCGAAGCUCAGGCUGUCGGAGAACUACAACCAGCCGUCAUCCCCGCUGCCGGCGGCCAAUGCGCUCACGCAGAGGCACUCCGGUAGGAGAUCCAACGACUACUCCGCUUCGGAAAACAGUCUGAUCGAGGACAGUGAUUCGAGCGACACGAAGACCGUUGUUAAUUCGACGGAGUGCGCGCCGACGGAGGCGCUGAGUAAUUCCGUUCCCCCGGAGACCCCCUCGAAGGCCGGCGUCAAUCAUAUUACUCCUGUGACACCGGACACCAUGACUCCGGACGAGGCUGAGAAUCUGUUGAGCUCUCGCAUUCUGGAGAAGAAGAUCAGACAAGGUUCGGCGCUGCUAUCGGACGAAGAAGCGCAGGAGAUAGCGAGGCUGUUGUCUCCCACCGGUGCAGAUGAUGCAGUAGGUGACGGGAUUUCUAAUGACAAGGAUAAGGAAGGACAGGACAGGGAUAGAGACGACCAGGACAACACGCCCGACUGGCUGUCCGAUGUCCUGUCUGCUCCUGAUUCCAGUCUUAUCAAUAGCGCCACUCACGAUUAUAGUCUAACUCAUAGAUCCCGCAGUGACCUGACAAUAGACUCGUUGACGGAGAGUCAAGUGGGAUCAGUAACAGGGAGCGAGAGCGGAUUGCUAGGUUCAGUAAGCAGCUUGAACGAUACCCACGAGACUAAUGACGACACCGAAACCGAGCAUCAAGACGAUUACAUUCCGACUCCGGGAAAAAUUGUUCUCGUGGAGAAUGGCGUGCAUUAUUUCGAAGACGGCCACUUUUGGAUGGAAGUUGCGGGGAUCCCGGAGUCUGACGACGACGACGAGGAUUACCCGUCCACCGUGCCUGUCAAGAAAACGUCCAAGGUAUCUUUCGACACCGGCCCUAUGCGCGUUUACUCCACGCACUCCGUAAACGAAUACGACCGCCGCAACGAAGACGUAGAUCCUGUGGCAGCGAGCGCAGAGUACGAGUUGGAAAAACGUGUCGAGAAGAUGGAGGUCUUCCCCGUGGAGUUAAUGAAAGGACCUGAGGGAUUGGGCCUUAGCAUAAUCGGGAUGGGCGUUGGCGCAGACGCAGGCUUGGAGAAGCUAGGCAUCUUCGUGAAGACCAUCACUGAGAAGGGUGCGGCAGCGCGUGAAGGUCGUAUCCAGGUGAAUGACCAGAUCGUCGAGGUGGACGGCAAGAGCUUAGUCGGCGUGACGCAAGCGUACGCCGCCAGCGUGUUGAGGAACACUUCCGGACUGGUGCGAUUCGUCAUCGGCAGAGAGAAGGACCCCAAGAACUCGGAAGUGGCGAUGCUGAUCAAGCAGAGUCUUCAGGCGGACCGGGAACGGGAGCAGGCGAACGCCGCUAAGAAACUGAACUUCUCCGAUGCCUCCCCCGACGGCCAACGAGGGAGCGAGGAUAUCUCGAUCGGCAGCGGGAUGAGCGGGAUCCCGGGUUCACCGGUCCUGUCCUCUUGCUCGGAGGGAGAGCCACCCCACAGUCCCAUUGAAAACUACCUGUCACCUUCUAGUCGCAGCCGAUCUCCGAUACUAAGCUCGUCCCUGCCCCAGCACUCUACCACUACGCAGAACGACGUCGACAGUUUGAGAUUGCUCCUGCAGGAGAGUCAGUAUAAACUUGCAAUAGCGGACGAGGAAGUUGAAAAUCUCAAAGCGAAGCUGGUUGAAUUGGAAAACAGCGGAGCGGGCAGCGAAGAGUAUGCAGCCAAAUUACGGGAGUCGGGCUUACGUCUUCACGAGUCGGAAAGAGCUUUGGGUACCGCUCGCCAAGAUUUGUCGGCAACCAGGGAAAUGUUGUCCCAGGCGACGGGGCAAAACGCCGCUCUGCAGCAGAAGUAUGCCAGGGCCAGGAGGGCUGCCAGAGAGCUACGGGCGGAUAUCGCGGCCAGGGACGAGUUCUAUCAGCAAUUGUUGCAGGAGAAGGAUACGGAGUACAAUGCAUUGGUGAAAAGUCUUAAGGACAGAGUAAUCACAUUGGAGGUGGAGCUGACGGAGACUCAGAGGCGGUUUGGUUUGCCUGUACGGUUGCCCUACGACAACACCACUGCCAGGAUAGUGACGCCGCAGCUCUCCCGCAGACAACUACCACCGCCACCUUCGUCGACCAGCUGUCAACUCUCCGACACGGAGACCUCUGAUCUCAGUAGCCCGGACGACGGUGACAAGACCGCAACGGUGGAGAGGAAACUGCCUCUGCCGUUACCGGUGAAAGAGGAACUGGAUCGUGCGGUGCCGGCCCAUCGUCUGCUGGACAAUUCUGCAGGCAAGAGUAAGGCGGAGCUUGCUAGCAGGGGCGGCUUGGCCAAUCGUCAGCUACCCAAGCGAUCCGGAGGUCUCAGCAACAGCAGUUCGGAUUACGGAUUGGACGAGUCGGGCGACAACACAGAUGACGAUUCCUCUUCGAAGCUUACUUCGCAGGAUAACAGCAGCAGGUCGCCCAACGACUUAACGUCUAAGCAGUCCAACCUGAGUUCCUACUCUAGCACUUCAUCCAUCAGCUCGCUCAAGGGGAAGCACAUGGACCCCAUACAUCCCACGGCGAUUCGACAGCACAGCACCAUCAGCUCGCAAGUCAGAGCGAUGACCGAGCAGAGCUGGCCCCAAUCACAAAAGACUUUAACCGGACCUCCCGCGUCAUUGGCGGAACAGCUGAAGCAGGUUUUAGCCGAGAGAGAGAAGCGACUUGGAGGAAAUGACUCCUCGAGAGAGAGCUCCGGCGAUUUCAGUGAUCUCAAUAAUCCCCAUAACAAUGAUCCGACCAUGGUCACGCAUCAUCUCGUAGAGGAGAUACGACAAGCUGUUAACGAGGCUAAUCAAAGAGCUAAACUUGUGCUUUCAGUGAAGAAAGUAUCGAUCCCUCCGUCAAAUUUAAUCGGCAGUGGAGGAGCCCCCUGGCACCAUCCAGGAAGUUCUCCUUCGAGCCUGUCCUCCGGCGGUUCCGUGAGUCCUCCAGCCGUUGAUCCUAGUCCUUCGAAAGCUGGUAGCAUUGCAGAUUCGAGCGCAGUUUGGUUGCCCGCUCAACUGAGCGACUUUGGUUUAGGUGACAAGAAGUCCCACUUCUGGCAGAACGCGCCGGUCACGGAUUGGUCCAAAGAGCAAGUCUGCCAAUGGCUGACAGGAAUCGGUUUGGAACGCUAUUCCCCACAAUUUUUAGACAGUGGCAUCAACGGGAGCAACUUACUGCGCUUGGAAUCAAGGGAGCUAAAGGCCCUCGGGAUUUACGGUGAAGCUAAGGCCCAUCUGAAGCGCAAGCUGAAAGAGUUAAGGGCCCAGGCUGAUCGCGAGCGCAAAGAGCGCAAAGAAAUCGAACGUAUGCGACGAAAAGCAGAAAAAGCUGCGCGGAAGAAAUAGCUUGCGAAUAAGGUGGACGCGUUUGGUAUUAACUAGAUAUUCAGUAAAAUAUUACGAAUCCUGUGGGCGCGAGGUAUAUAUAGGGUGUCUCAAAGGAGGUGAAUGACAAAAGUGGGAAAUCCACUGGAAUUUAUUAAGAGGUGAACAUCUGUUGGGGAAAAAAGUUGGAUAACUAAUUUCCCGCGGAAAAUUACAGAUCAAUAUGAAUUGAAUUUAUAUAUUGAUUUGUAAAAAAAAUUAAAAGUUCAGACACAUCAUGACAAAUUCUUUUAUUAUUGAUUAAGAUCGGUAUCUAUAAUACCAUGAAGAAAUACGACGAAAUGAAUUUUUUUACUUAGAAUAUUCUUCGGAAGAGUUUCUUUUUCGAGAUAUUCCUGGGAAUGUGGAGACAAAAUUUCUUAGAAAUUUUUGCUUGCAAAAUCUGGAGGCAGAAAUUAUUUUCCUUGGGAUAUACACUGGAGAAAUGUUUUACUUGAAAACUUUCCUCGGGAAAUUUGCAAAAUAGUUGUAGUUAUCUUCUGGAAUAGAUAACUACAGGAUAUAAUAAAUGUGUCACUAAAAUUAAAUAAUAGAAAUAAUUCUGUCAUUUUUAUCUAUCUCGUACAGUGAAAUAGCGAACUUUAGAAUUAAGCGAUUAAAAUUAAGAAUUUUUUAUGAAUGUGGAAUUAGAAAUGACGCCGUCCAUUUUGUACAGGGUGUCACCUAAAAAGCUGCAUGUAUUUAAAAAAAAAACGAGUGCCAUAUUCAUCAAGACAAUGAAAGGGUUUUAUGUAUUUGUUGAGACUUAACCCUUUGUAUAUUGUACUUUUUUGACAUGUAUAGUCGUUUUCCCCGUUUAUUGUCUUCUAAAAGAAUUGAUUUUUCAUAAUGCUUCACACGUUGAUUUCGAAUAAUUCCUUUAAUAAUAAUUGGAAUCGUAAUUAUGUCAAAUAAUUCCUAGAUAGUAAUAUUAAGUAAUAGUAAGUUAUUGAUUGCAAACUGUAUUAAUUUAGGAUAAAAAUAAUUUAUAUCCAAUUAUUAUUACAUGAAUUAUUUACCAUAACUUAUAGUUUAGUAAUGAUGAUCACACAUAUAGUAGUAACUUUUAAUAUACAAUGAUUUAAUCUAAGUUAUUACUAGGAACUAGUUUCAAUUAAUUUUAAUUAAAAGGAUUAUUACACAUCUUAGAAAUUAAUUGUUAACUUCUGAUAAUCCUUUUAAUUUAAAUUGGUUUCAAUAAAAGCAGGAAUAUUUCAUUACAUUUUAUUUAUCACUGAUUUUUACGAUCUCCUAGUAAUAACCAAGAUCAUAAUUACUCGAGGUAAUUUGUAUAAUGGCUGAAGUUAUCAUUAUUAUUCAUUACAAUUUUUAAUUUCAGUUGCCUCUUUGAGACACCUAGUAUAUUCUGGCGUUUUCUUCGCGAUUUUUCAUUUCUGUUCAAAUAUAAUUCGUUUCCUUAAACGAGGACCAUGUGUUGCGCCUCAGCAUUUAUUUGUUAUCGCCAUAUUUACUAAACUUUCGCUAUUAAGUAUUUUUUCUCUCAGUUAUUAGUACUAUUUAAAUGCGAACGUGUGUGCGCGUGUGUGUGCGUGUGAAUGUGUGUAAAAACCCGAGCAAUUUAGUUAAAUUACUGCGUUCUAGCCGUGCGCGCUUAACUCUAAAUGCGACCGCCCUCGAUCUAUGUUUUAAUGAACGCUUUAACACAAACGUUCUCUUAUGAGAGAAAUAAAGUUGCGAGUCGCUUUCAGCAUUAAUCGCGUCGCCUAGAGCGCGGAAAAUGUGUAAUAAAACAUCACGUCAUUUAAGAACACGCUCUUUUAUAUUACUAUACAUACAUGUUAUAUAUAUAUAUAUAAAUAUAUAUAUACAUAUGUAGCCAUGUAAGCAUUGUUCCCGUAUUUAUUUUUACGAUCAUGUUUAACGACGCUUUUUUCACGACUAAAGAUAUCGAUCUUUCAGAAGUAGUCGUUCGAACGUAAUCGUCUUCUUCAAUUUUAUAUAAAUGCGUCGUCAACGAAUUAUUAAUUAACUAUUGAUUACUUAUUAAAGGGACGCAUUCCUGAUCAAUAUUGGAUUUUUAUGCCCCCGAUAAAUCUUCAAGGGUUGAAGUUUUUUACAAUUAUCGCACGCCCUUCUUAAUAUUCUAUGAUUAUGAGACCGUUUCUUGUUGAUAAUUGCGGUAUAUUUUAUAUCUUUUUCUCGAUAUAUCAUGAUCGCAAUAUUAACAGCCUUCUUUGUAAGAGAUGUUUUUGUCGCGAUUAAUCACUACGAGAUGCAAACACUCUGAGAAGAGCGGAUCACGAUUGAUCAGGGACGCUUUGUACGCAUCACCGACUUUUCGCUGUCACUUACUUUGUAACUAAGUGAUGAAGACACGUCUUUCUAAUUUAUAAUUUAUUUUGUUCCCCAAAUUUGCUCAAGGCAAUCCUCGUCGCAUUAAGACAAAUGUCAUCGGCAAAUUUAUAUUAUUAUUAUUAUCCUUCGCUCGAUUAUAUUUUACCACAGAAUGUCGCGAAUGCUCGCGAAAAAAAAGAGGCUCGAGGACGAUUACCCUCGUUCUAAUCGCGCGCCGUCUAUGAGUAGAGUCGUUGUAAAUUCUGGGACACAUGGUGUCGAACAUUCCACACGUGAAUCGCGAAAGUCGCUGACAAACACUUAGAACAAAAUCGAAUGGCCGAGAACUACUCAGGCGCGGAGAGAAAUCCUCCGUAAGCGUAGUGAGAGGCCGUUUAGAUGGAUGUUCUAUUGACGCAGAGCCUCGUUAGAGGAAGGAAGAAAGAAAGAGAGAGAGAGAGAGA